GACGGUAAAAGAGAUGCGAAGUAACAAAACCGAUAUUUUCAACGGUCGCAUUAAAUGUUGGUGAGAUUGCGCAGGCGUGAUGGUGUCGUCGCGUUCCGUGCUACUAUGUGUACGUACAGUUCACACAUCAUGUCGCAUGAACAAAAGAGGACCGUUGACGAUCGAUGGUUGGUACCCACGUGAUCACAUGCCAGAUGAUUAUCCAAAAAAUGAGGAAGAACGUCGAGCAGCGGCGAUAAAAUAUGGGAUGAGGCCAGAAGAUUAUAAGCCAUAUGACAAAGACGAUUACUAUAAGUAUGCAGGAAAUUAUCCGGAUUAUGGUUGCGUCACCUAUGACCAUAAGGAUCCAUAUGAAAAUUGGAGCGAUCCACAUUACCGAAGGAAUUGGGGUGAAGGAAUGAAUAUCCAAGCAGUGAUGCAUACAUGUGAUCGUGAUUCCUAUACCAGUAUUGAUGAUGAGGAAACUUCAAUUUAA